UUAGGAUUUAGUAACUGCUGUUCUUCCGAGUUCCGACACACAGAGAAGAAGAAGAAGAAGAAGAGAGGUAGCUUGCUUUUUUGCUUCUGGAAAAUGGCUUCUUCGUGUUUGAUGAGGAAAUGUUCUUCCUCCUGCAUGAAACUCGUCUCCAGGACUUCUCACCGAUCCUACGCUAAAGCCUCUUCUUCUUCUUCUUCUUCUUCUUCCUCCUUCAGUUUCGAUGUGAGAGAGAAAGAGGGAGCAGAAAGAGCGGUUGUUCCAGAUCAAACUGAGGCUGCCGCUGCCGAAGACGGCGUCGUUCCCACCUCCGGAAUCUCCCGCCCUCUCUCUGAAAUCCUCAAAGAACUCAACAAGAAAGUCCCCGAUUCCCUCAUCCGACUCCGCACUGAAGAUGGAUUCUCUGUCAAAUACAUUCCCUGGCAUAUUGUGAAUAGGAUUAUGAACUUACAUGCUCCAGAAUGGUCUGGUGAGGUUCGAAGCAUUACUUAUUCUGCUGACAACAAGUCUGUAUCUGUUGUUUAUCGUGUAACACUCUAUGGGAUUGAUGCAGAGAUGUAUAGAGAGUCUACCGGGACUGCUUCAAUGGAUGACAAGGGUUAUGGAGAUCCCGUGCAAAAGGCAGAAGCAAUGGCAUUUCGCCGAGCCUGCGCCCGUUUCGGGCUUGGGCUUCAUCUUUACCAUGAGGAUAUGAUUUGAGGCAUCCGUUCUGAUCAGUUUAGAUUGCAUCUUUUUGUUCGAGGGGUUCAUGGUUUUGUUCAGUCUGGUCCUUCUCUUCUGUUGCUUGGGAGGAUCAUGCUAAAACCCCAUAGUCUAAAAGGAAAAUGUGAAGAGAAGAAACUUGCAAGUUGCUUGCCCCCUGAAAUUGUGAAUGAAGGGGCUGUUCCUGUAUUUAAGCCAAUGGACAUAUUUGUGGAGAACUUGCCAAAUUAUAUACCACUUCUUUCUUUGGUCUUUCAUGGCAUGUUCUUAAUUUUAACAAAGCAAAAUGUUUGGUCAGCUAUGAGUUCUCACUGUAUUCGUACACUGCAUGAUUUUCUAGCAUGUGAAUUUGCAUUCGAAAAUGUUUUGCUUC